AUGGAUAACACGUUGAAGACGACGAGAGACGAGCAGGACAAUAUAACAAAUGAACACCAGAACUGCAGUUCCAUGGCAAAAGAUAAUAACUCUAAUUUGCAGCAAGUUGGUGAUAUACGGGAGACAACAUCGUCCAUGAAAGAAGCUUUAAUCAUCGGAAGGACCAAAGAAAAACAGAAAAUAUUGUCAAUUUUAUCUGAGAGCAGCACACAAGAGAUCACAUUCCUUCCAACAUAUGGUAUUGGAGGCAUUGGGAAGACAACCAUGGCACAAUUGGUUUUCAAUGAUCUCCAGUUCAAAGAGUACUCUCGGGUUUGGACCUAUGUUUCCCAGACAUUUGAUAUGAAGAAAAUUGGGAAUUCUACAAUAACACAGCUAUCUGGUAACAAGAGUGAGCAUACUGACCUUCAGAUGAUAGAAAAUAGCCUACAAAAGCUCCUUUCUGGUAAGAGGGUUCUAAUCAUCUUAGAUGACCUGUGGGAGAGGCAAUCAUCUCAGUUAAAAAAGUUAGAGGGUAUGCUAAAGCUGGGUGAAGGGGGCAAAGUGGUGGUGGUAGUAACCACACGAGAAGAAUCUAUAGCACAGAAUAUUCACACAGACACAGUGGAGCCAUACAAGCUAGCUCCCUUGACAGAUGACAUUUGUUGGACUAUCAUAAAAAUUAAAAGUUCAUUUGAAUCUAGGGCUGAAAGAGUGCAGUUAGAGUUGAUCGGAAAGGAAAUUGCAAAGAAGUGUGGAGUUCUAGCUUUAGUAGCCCAAUCUAUUGGGUAUACGUUGGGCAACAUGGAAUUCGAUGAAUGGGUGUCGGUGAACAACAGUGAGAUCUGGGAUGUGCUUGCCACCGGAGAAUAUUCACCUGAUCAUGUGCAUGCAUCCUUACAGCUAACCUAUCACCGUAUGGAUCCAUACUUGAAGUUAUGCUUUGCUUAUUGCGCAACCUUUCCAAAAGGUCACUGGAUGGCUAUAGAAGAUCUAAUUUACCAAUGGAUUGCUCUUGGACUUGUUGAGCCAUCAAGGACAUUCUCUAAUAUACAAACCGGUCAUAAAUAUAUUCGUCAUCUUUUUGGCACGUGCUUCAUUGAACAUCCUUCUUGGUCACAAUCGACUAGUUUCUCUUCAUUGUUCAUGAAGCCUGACAAGUUCUUGAUCAUGCAUGACCUGGUGCAUGAUUUCGCAAGAUCAGUUCUGGCUAAUGAAAUUAACAUAGAGAGUCCUUCCUGCCGAUAUGCAUGGCUGACAGAUCAUACAAAGCUAUUCAAGUCAUCAAUGGAUCCACUUGCCAAUUUAUUUAAGUCAUCAGUGGAUCCACUCACCAAGAUAAGGGCACUGCAUUUUAUCGACCGUGGCUACUUGAAGCUUCAUGCUGAAGCAUUAUCAGGAGCUAAAUGCCUAUGUGUCUUGGAUUUAAGCAGAUGUUUUGUACAAGAGUUGCCUGAUUCUAUUGGUCAACUAAAACAGUUGAGGUAUCUCGAUGCUUCAUGGAACCUCGAUGUUACUGAAUCUUCUGAAUACCAAGAUCCGCCAGAGUCUAUAAUGAUACUGAAAGCUCUGGGUUCCCUUAACAAACUCCAAUAUUUGAAUUUAUCAUUCCGCCAAAGACCCAUAGGGCUGCCAGAGGUCAUCAGCAAACUCACGGAACUCAGGUAUUUGAAUACAUCAUUUUGUGAGGGUUAUUAUUUAUUGGACAUCCCAUCAGCAAACCAAAGUUUCAUUGACUGUAUCGGCACCCUUCCCAAUCUGGAGUAG